UAAAAAUGCCAUUCUCCUGCCAAUAUCCCGGCUGUAAUCGUACAUACUUACGGAAGGAACACUUGAAACGGCAUACAAUAUCGCAUGAGCGGCCAAAAGAGUUCACAUGCGAACAAUGUGGCUCUAGACUAUCUCGAACAGAUACUCUUCGUCAUCACAUGGCUCUACACGGAGUAGUUCUCCCAUCUGCCCGUGCUCCCCAAGCCUGUCUGCCAUGUCGCCGGGCCAAGGUAAGGUGCGAUGGCCAGAGCCCAGCAUGCUCGGGCUGCGUGGCGAAAUCGAUAACAUGUGUUUGGCACGUUCCAAAUAACAAGCGACAACAGCCCCGUGAACACCCUACCUCCAUGGCGCCAGCUUCAUCUGCUCAUGUAUCAACAGAGCCUUCCUUUAUGGAGGACUCAGAAUGCGUCGACGAAGAUGACCCGUGCGGCCUCACGAAUGAUGAGCAGCAUUCCACGGCACUCACUGCCCCAGCACCGGAAUGUCCGGGUAAAGUUGCCAUGUAUGACAAAUUGAUCGCGGUCUACUUUGAGAAGUUCCACCAUCAUUGGCCGAUCGUCCAUGAGAAGAGCAUCCGUUUGCGAAACGUGCCGCAAGUGCUCGUGAAGACCGUGGUCACUAUUGGUUUGUACUUGACAGAUAAUACUGAGGCACAAAACAUGGCGAAAAAGACCCUCGAAGGUUUUCUUCAUCAAUCCGGCAACGCACUGCUAUAUAGACAUAUUACUGACAAAUCUGGCAUAUUAUCUUCUCCGGAAUCCCAUCCGGUAUCCCAUCCGGUAUCCCAUCCAAUGUUUUAA